AAUCAAUGAUUACUACUUAUUUUUCCUUUUCUGUAUGCUACAGUAAUUAAAUUUACUACUAAAAAAUAUAUUUACAUUAUCUUUAUUCCUUCAAAAAACAAGAAUUGAACAUGAACAACUAAACAAGAACCUAUCUUUAUUCUCCAUCUCUUCUCUCUGCAAUAUUAAUUUAAAGCAGAGAGAAAUUCAAUCACAAAUGGAUUUGAACAAGAAGUUCUGUUCAGUAAUCUUAUUGAUUUCACUGUUUUUUUAUUACCCAUCUACUGUGAAAGCUGGUGACAUAGUUCAUGAUGAUAAUUUAGCUCCUAAAAAACCUGGCUGUGAGAAUGAUUUUGUAUUGGUGAAAGUUCAGACUUGGGUUAAUGGAGUGGAGGAUGCUGAAUAUGUUGGUGUGGGUGCUCGAUUCGGUACGACCAUUGUGUCGAAGGAGAAAAAUGCUAACCAAACUCGACUCACUCUUUCGAAUCCUCGUGACUGUUGUACAGCAUCGAAGAGAAAGUUUGAGAGGGAUAUCAUCAUGGUUGAUCGAGGCAACUGUAAAUUUACAACCAAAGCAAAUAAUGCUGAGGCUGCUGGUGCUUCUGCUGUUCUUAUUAUAAAUAACCAAAAAGAACUCUACAAGAUGGUUUGCGAGCCAGAUGAAACUGAUCUUGACAUACACAUUCCUGCUGUUAUGCUCCCUCAAGAUGCUGGUACAAGCUUGGAGAAAGUGCUGUUGAGUAAUGCAUCAGUGUCUGUGCAGCUGUACUCUCCUAAGCGGCCGCUAGUUGAUAUAGCUGAGGUAUUUCUGUGGUUGAUGGCAGUUGUUACCAUCUUAUGUGCAUCUUACUGGUCCGCGUGGAGUGCCAGAGAGGCAGCUGUUGAACAUGACAAGCUAUUGAAGGAUGCUGCAGAUGACUUUCCAAAUGACAAGGUUGUAGGUGCUAGUAGUGUUGUAGACAUAAACACAACAUCAGCCGUCCUGUUCAUUGUUCUCGCUUCAUGCUUCUUGGUUAUGCUUUAUAAACUUAUGUCAUACUGGUUUGUGGAGCUAUUGGUGGUUCUUUUCUGCAUAGGUGGUGUAGAGGGCUUGCAAACCUGCCUAGUUGCUCUAUUAUCAAGGUGGUUCAAGCGUGCUGGGGAGUCGUUCAUUAAAAUACCCUUCUUUGGAGCUCUGUCAUACCUAACAUUAGCUGUUUCUCCAUUCUGCAUAACAUUUGCUGUUGUUUGGGCUGUCUAUCGCAAUGUCUCCUUUGCUUGGAUAGGCCAAGAUAUACUAGGAAUUGCUCUGAUAAUCACUGUCUUGCAAAUUGUCCAUGUACCGAAUCUUAAGGUGGGAACAGUUCUUCUCAGUUGUGCAUUCUUAUAUGACAUCUUUUGGGUUUUUGUUUCUAAGAAGCUGUUCCAUGAAAGUGUAAUGAUUGUGGUUGCUCGCGGUGAUAGAAGUGGAGAGGAUGGCAUUCCUAUGCUGUUAAAGAUUCCACGCAUGUUUGAUCCCUGGGGCGGUUACAGUAUAAUAGGAUUUGGUGACAUUCUUUUACCAGGAUUAUUGAUAGCAUUUUCACUUAGGUAUGAUUGGCUGGCGAAUAAGAGUCUUCGAGCUGGAUAUUUCUUGUGGGCAAUGAUUGCUUAUGGAUUUGGUCUUCUCAUCACAUAUGUAGCCUUGAACUUGAUGGAUGGGCACGGCCAACCAGCAUUGCUCUACAUUGUCCCGUUCACUCUAGGAACUUUUCUGACUCUGGGGAAGAAAAGAGGGGAUCUCCACGUCUUAUGGACACGGGGCUUACCCGAAAGACCUUGCCCCCAUAAUCAUCUCGAACACUGUCAUGAACUGAACCUCGAAAAGUAAGAUCUCGUGUAAAUUUAAUCUGUAAUAUAUUAGUAUCCCUGGGAAGCUGGAUAUUAACCAGCUUAUCAAGCGUAAAAUUACACGGCAACAUUGUGCUAGAUUAAAUGCACAUUAGAUUAACCUUGAAGCAUGUAAUAGUUAACAUUGAUUGUAUUACUAUUACCAGCUUUGUAGCAAGUAUUGGACAUUGUGAGGUCAUAA